AUGGGUCUUGUCGGAACCAUCCCACCAGAAAUCGGAAAUCUUUCUUCUCUCGUUUCUUUAGACAUGAACGACAACUCUUUUCAUGGCCCUCUUCCCUUAUCUAUCUUUAACAUGUCAAAUUUAGAAGUCUUGAGUUUGAGGAAUAAUAGUUUGUCUAGUAGUUUACCACUUGAUUUGUGCAUACAUAAUCUUGACCGACUCAAGAUUCUUCGUAUUUCUUACAACGAGAUGUAUGGGGGAAUACCAUCGAGUUUGGAGAAGUGUUCGCAGCUCGAGUUUCUUUCUUUGUACAACAACAAAUUUGAUGGAUUUGUACCAAGGGAACUUGGGAACUUGACCAAGCUUCAAACACUGAAUAUUGGUGCAAAUAAGUUGACAGGUGAUAUUCCAGAAGAGAUUGGUCGUCUAACUAAUUUACAAGGUUUGAGCCUGAGUUCCAACAAAUUAAAAGGUCCAUUGCCAGCAACUAUUUGCAGCAUGUCAUCCUUGCAAUAUGCUGACUUUGCUUACAAUGAACUAAGUGGACCAUUAUCACCACAAAUUGGAAACAUGACAUCCCUUCUCAGAAUAGGCCUUGAAUUCAACCAUUUCAGUGGCCCUGUCCCAAAGGAGAUUGGUCGUCUUCCUAAUUUCGAGCGAUUGAGCAUGUCUGGCAAUGACUUUAGUGGAUCGUUGCCAAGAGAAAUCGGGAACUUAACAACUAUGUAUGGAUUGUACAUUCACAGCAAUGAGUUAAGUGGUCAUAUUCCAAAAGAGAUUGGUCGUCUAGUUAACCUGGUGGAGUUGCAAUUGGAAGUAAACCAUUUCGACGGACCAUUGCCUAAAGAGAUUGGAAACAUGACACUCAUGAGCUACUUGUGGCUGAACGACAACAAUUUUACUG